UGUUAGGGGGUAGCAGAAAAUCUUGGUGCUGGACUGCUGGCCGCGCUUGUGGAUUUGGAAUUUUGGUGUCCAGUCGCCUUCUAUCUUUCUUCCCUCUGUAUUUUGUUUCUGCAACGGAAAUUUUGGAGCUAUGUCUUUAGCUGUAAUUUCCUUCAUUUCAAGCCCAAACGCUAUCAGGCUCAGCCAUGUCUCCCCAACCAACAGAAAUGCUAUCCUGUUUACCGCCUUACCCAGUUGCAGAGUCUUGUCUUUGAAGCCACCUUCCCUUAGCAGUAUAUUCAUCAGAAUCCCAUGUCGGUUCUUUAAGAAGGGCUCCUUUUUCACUUUCUCCAGGCCCUUUUCUCCUGUCAUGAAGUGGCAGGACUGCACGGUAAAAACUGAAAUUGAUGUGCCUGCCUCGGUGGCUUACAAAUGCUACUCUGAUCGUGAAGCAAUUCCCAAUUGGAUGCCAUUCAUUUCAUCCGUCAAGGUAUUAGAAGAUAAGCCUGACUUGUCACGGUGGACGUUGAAAUAUAAAGCAUUUGGUAGUGAUCUUGAAUACUCUUGGCUUGCUAGAAAUAUGCAACCCAUCCCAAAUCAGAAAAUUCACUGGAAAUCUCUGGAAGGACUUCCUAACAGGGGUGCUGCUCGAUUUUAUCCAAAAGGUCCCUCAUCAUGUUUAAUAGAAAUGAUUUGGACACCAAGGGAACAGUUUGCCAUCACCCACAUUCCGCAUUGGCAGGGGGUGUUCUUGGAUAUAAAUCUAUUUGAUAUCGAAAGAGGAUCUGUUGGUGUUGGGUCCUGAGGCAUGGAAAAGAUCAAUGUUGAUUUGACAUUGAAGAAAUCAUGUCACCUUAAACUGAAAGAUGAGCUUGAGUUGGCAUGAUCACUUAUACCGCAUUGUUGAUUUGUGAGUAUUGAAAUUCAAGAAUAAAACGAAAUACUAGUAAUAAUAAUAAAAAAGUUAAAACUGAUUAAAUCAUUUUGAUUAGUUAAUUCGAUUAAAACUGAAAUAUGAUAUAACUUUGCUGUUAGCAAAGGACUUGCCUACGUCGCAGUUACUAACAACAACCAUAGUGAUCUUACUAACGAUCCAUUUGUUGAAGCUUAACGAUCCAUUUUUCGUGCUCAACACAGCUUAAAUCAGCGGCACUAGUAAUUGAAGGAAUUAGUUUAAAUCCCACGUUGAAACCCUCCCCAAUCAA